AUGGAGAGCUACCCCAGCCAGGGAGCGAGCGACUAUGGGCUUGCUGUCGGUUCAAACUCUCCCUCAAGGGUGGGAGAUGAAAACGACGAGCUGCAGCAGCAAGAAGACCAGCACGACGAGCAGCAGCAGGAGAUAGACUCGGAAGAUACCUGGGCAGUUGUUGGUUCUUUUUUUGAAGGAAAAGGUCUGGUCUCGCAGCAGGUUGAAAGCUUCAACGACUUCGCCAGCUACAAGUUGCAAGAAAUAAUCGACGCACAUCCCCCCAUAGAAAUAAGGCCAUCUCCUCAGUACCGGCCUGAAGAGGAUGUGGAACUUGACGUUCGCUACCGACUUAAGUUUGGUCAGCUUUCUCUAAACCGCCCAGCCGCUCAGGAGAAGGAAGGCAUGCAGAAGAAUUUGUGGCCGCAAGAGUCACGCACCCGAAACCUGACCUACAGCAGCUCUCUGUUUGUCUCUAUUGAACAAACCACAUACAAGAUCGACCCAAUUACCAACGAAGAAAUCGUCGAGGAGCGUCAUUCUUACGAGCGCGUGUGCUUGGGGCGCUUGCCGAUUAUGCUCAAGUCUUUCUAUUGCUGGACCCAUGACAUAGCAGCUGAACAGCUGCCAGAUGUGGGGGAGUGUAGUUACGAUCAGGGAGGCUACUUCAUAAUUAAUGGAAGUGAAAAGGUGUUGGUAGCGCAAGAACGGAUGGCCUCAAACUUUGUUUACGUUUUCAAGAAGGCACAGCCGUCGAAAUUUUCCUGGGUUGCUGAGGUAAGGAGUCAGAUGCAAGGAAAUCAGGCAACGAGCGGCUUUGCAAUCAAGAAAAGAACCAUGACUGGAGACACUGGGAGAGGAAAAGGCGCAGGCCAGCUGGUUGCUGCCCUACCGUACAUUCGCACAGACAUUCCUAUCGCUAUUCUCUUUAGGGCCUUGGGCUGCGUGAGUGAUCUGGAUAUUCUCUUGAGGGUUGCAUAUGACACCCGUGACGAGCAGCUGUGCGCUUUACUGAAGCCGUCUCUUGAGGAAGGCUUUGAGUUUCACACCCAGGAGGCCUGUCUAGACUUCAUUGGCAAAAGGGGCCCAACAGUGGGGGCUCAAAGGGAGAGUCGGCUGCAGUACGCGCGGGAGCUGCUACGUAAAGAGGUGCUGCCCCAUGUUGGAACGGAGCCGGGAUGCGAGGGCAAAAAAGCCUACUUUGUGGGCUACAUGGUCCACCGGUUGUUGCUGGCGGAGUUAGGCAGAAUUAAUCAAGAUGAUAGGGAUCAUUUUGGAAAGAAGAGGUUGGAUCUCAGUGGGCCGUUGAUGGCAGCUUCUUUUGGAACGCUCUUCAGGAAACUGGUGAAGGACGUAACGCGAAUUCUGCAGAGGCAGAUUGACCACGGCAAGACGUUUGACGUCGCGGGUGCUGUUCGGAGCGCGAGCCCCAUCACGCAGGGACUGCAGUACCAGUUAGCUACUGGAAAUUGGGGGAGAGACAGGGAGGGCAAGGUGGUGCGCACAGGCGUCUCGCAGGUGCUGAAUCGCCUGACGUUCUCCUCCGCCCUCUCUCAUUUAAGGCGCCUCAACACCCCUCUCGGUAGAGAAGGUAAAAUGGCAAAGCCGAGACAGCUGCACAACACUCACUGGGGUAUGAUUUGCCCUGCUGAGACACCUGAAGGGCAGGCUGUGGGCCUCGUCAAAAAUCUCGCACUCAUGGCCAAAAUUUCUGUCGGUGCUCCUACUAAAAAUAUCCGGGACUUCCUUGAGGAUUGGGGGCUGGAUGGACUAGACGAAAUAUCUCCAGAAAGUAUCAAAGAUCGUUGUAAAGUUUUUAUAAACGGAGACUGGGCUGGAUGCUUCGAUGAAGCUGAAACUCUCUGCAACACUCUCAAGGAAAUUCGCAGAAAGGGGCACAUAAGGAAUGACACUUCAAUAGUUAGGGACAUUAUCAAUCGCGAGGUCAAAAUCUUCACUGACGCCGGACGAGCUAUGCGGCCCCUUUACGUUGUCGACAGUGACACGGGCCAACUGCGAAUAAGAAAGGCAGAUGUAGACAAGGUUAGGUCUAUGGUUGGAACCUCCGAAAAGGGCGCAGGUUGGAACCACUUGAUGUCCUGUGGUGUUAUCGAAUACAUCGACUGCGAAGAAGAAGAGACUUCGAUGGUGGCCAUGUUCCACAAAGAUCUCUCUGAGAAGGGGAAGUCGAUCCCAUACACGCAUUGUGAGAUCCACCCUUCGUUGAUUCUGGGAGUUUGCGCUUCAAUCAUUCCAUUUCCGGACCACAACCAGUCCCCUCGUAACGUUUACCAAAGUGCCAUGGGCAAGCAAGCCAUGGGUGUAUACACAACAAAUUUCAACUUGCGCCUAGACACGCUCGCGCAUCUGCUCUACUACCCUCAGAAGCCACUAGUCUGCACUCGAGCCAUGGAACACCUCAAGUUUCGAGAGCUUCCUGCGGGCAUCAACACUAUUGUGGCAAUCUUGUGCUAUUCGGGUUACAACCAAGAGGACUCGUUAAUUAUGAAUCGGAACAGCAUUGACAGGGGCCUGUUCAGGAGUCUUUUCUGUCGCACGUAUUGUGCGGAAGAGAAACAGCAGGGAUCUAUGAUUGUGGAGGGAUUUGAACAGCCUAACCCAGAAACAACCUCUGGUAUGAAAAGGGGUGACUAUUCAAAGCUGGACACGGAUGGCCUUGUAGAGCCUGGAUCAAGAGUGCUUGGAGACGAUGUCAUUGUAGGGAAGACGUCUCCAAAUUUUGAUGACAAUGAUCCACUCGCGCCUCCUGGAGCAGAGGCCAAUCUCUCCAAGACGAAGAAGGACUGCUCGCUUUGUCUACGAUCAUCUGAAAGUGGGGUCGUAGAUACAGUUAUGCUGAGCGUCAACUCCAAGGGUUCUCGCUUUGUGAAGGUGAAAGUGAGGAGUGUCCGAAUCCCUCAAACGGGAGAUAAGUUCGCGAGUCGGCAUGGCCAGAAGGGAACCAUUGGUAUCACAUAUAGGCAAGAAGAUAUGCCGUUUACGGAGGAUGGCGUUGUUCCGGACCUGCUUAUGAAUCCGCAUGCGGUGCCUUCUCGCAUGACCAUUGGUCACCUUGUCGAGUGUUUGCUUGGGAAAACAGCUGCCAUCAUUGGUGGAGAAGGAGAUGCCACUCCGUUUAACGAUUACACUGUCUCUUGGAUCGCUGGAGAGUUGCACCGUCUUGGCUUCGAGAGGCACGGGAAUGAACGGCUCUAUCAUGGUCACACAGGGCUGCAUAUGCCUUCACUUAUAUUUAUUGGGCCGACAUAUUACCAGAGACUCAAGCACAUGGUGGAUGACAAGAUUCAUGCAAGAGCAAGGGGUCCUGUCGCAGCACUGACGCGCCAGCCUAUGGAGGGCAAGAGUAGGGAAGGUGGUUUACGUUUUGGAGAGAUGGAGAGAGAUUGCAUGAUAUCACACGGAGCAGCGCGGAUGCUGAAAGAGCGCCUUUUUGAUCAGAGUGAUGCGUAUAGGAUUCAUUGCUGUGAUAUAUGCGGCACGAUGUGCGUAGCUGACCUUCAACGGCUAGCGUUCGAAUGUAAGCUAUGUGGGAACAGCAACAAAAUAUCCCAGGUUUACAUACCAUACGCAUGCAAGCUCCUCCUCCAGGAGCUCACUUCGAUGUGCAUAUACCCGAAGCUUGUCCUGCAGGUUGCGUAG